AGCAAAGAAAAGUAUUGAAAAACAAUGAUGUCGUCAAUUUCAUGGGUAUCAAAAGGAGUAUCAAAACCAGUUGUCCUCAUAACCGAAGCCAUGAAGGAGGAGAGAGAGGGAACUUCUUAGCUGUUGGUUCGAUUGAACCUAAUAUUCAAUUUUUUAACGUUGACGUUUUUACAGGGGAUGGAAAGGGAACGCCAUGUUUGGUGUUGGGUACCACUGAAGAUGAUGGCCACAGUGACUCUGUACUUGGUCUUGCAUGGAACAAAGAAUACAGGAAUAUAAUUGCAAGUGCCAGUGCUGACACGAAAGUGAAGAUUUGGGAAAUGGUUCAAGCUGUUGCUUGGAAUCCCCAUUCACCACGGUCUCUUCUUACUGGUUCGUUUGAUGGUACUGUUUUUCUGAAGGACGGGAGGAUUCCAUCACAUGAUGGUUGUAAGUGGAAACUCAAUGCUAAAGUAGAGAGCUUGGCAUGGGAUCCACACUCUGAGCACUCUUUUGUGGUGAGUCUUGAAAAUGGUACUGUUAGAUUGAUUGAUGUUAGGACUGCCAAGUCAGAUUCCGGAUCUGAGUUCAAUGCUAAUGAACAUGGCAAAGCUGUUACAUCAGUAUCCUACAAUCUGGCAAUUCCUAAUGUAUGUAUAUUCAACGUUUUAAUUAGAACUUGUAUAAAUUAUAUACUUUAGUUUAAGUCGGCUUUCAUGACCGCAUGCAGCUUCUCGCUACGGGAUCGUUGGACAGAAAGGUAACCGUGAAAGCAUUUCUGUUGUUUGUGUAUAGUGGUGGUGCUGUUUGUUAUUGGAAUUAUCUCUUAUAAUUGCUAAUAUAUGUUGCAGGUAAAGCUUUGGGAUUUGUCACACAACCAACCUUGUUGUGUGGCCUCUUAUUCUCCAAGAGUAGUAAGUUUAAUGUUCUCACCCAGAGUUUGAAUGUAUGAUGGGAAGUAGUUAUAUCAUUGUUAAAGUGAUGCUAACGUAAUUUUUUAUGGUGUUUCUUAGUGGCCUGUCUAUUCUAUUUCAUUCUCGGAAGAGAACCCUUUUUUGUUGGCUAUAGGAGGCUCAAAGGGAGAUUUACGAGUAAGUGAAACAUGUUCAUUGAAAGUUAUUAUUUCUGUAUAACAACAACUGGCGUAACUAUUAUUUGAAGUGAACGUGGUAAACUAACUGUUUUUAUAUAGGUAUGGGACACUCAAUCGUAUUCUGGAAUUUCUGAAAAAUAUGGGAACUACAUGAAGUAAUUGAACUAUGGAUCAAAUACUCAUUGAAUGCUGAAUGGAAAUGAAAGAUCAAACGAAAAGAAAAAAAAAGAGAAAUUUUAUAGAACCCUCGUCAUUUUGUAUUGCUCAGAACCCUCUUGCUCA